AAGCCAGUGCUUUUGUUUAUUUUAAGGAGAUUAUUCUUAGCAGAAUAUUGUUUUAAUGAUUUUCCUAUACUAAAAAUUGCAAACGAAUGCUUAAUUUCUCCCCACUCAGACUCAUGUGGUAAAAUAUUUUGUCUUUAAUUUGCUUCUACCCUAUAAUCUUCUGGUUAGUUUCGAUUUCUUGAUGAAGUGGAUUAAGUUAGUAAUUAAGCAUUGUUAUUUUUUGUUUUGACAGUUCCCGCAUAAAUAAGAAAUUGACACAAAAUGAUUUUCUGAAUCUAAUAUAUCAGAUUUAUGAAGGCACACACACCUGCUGCUUUCUCAAAUGUUACAAAAAAAAGUAAGUCCCUAGAAAGAAAAAGAUUUUUUUCUUUCUUGAAAACGAGGAAGUCUUAAUGACUUUCACCAGUUCCAGAACUCCAAGGUUUCUCGCUGUCCUGUCUACCUUACGCGCCAAUCUCAAACCAUUGCCAACAUGGAGAAAGAUGUCAAAAAGUGCCAUGAAGCAUUUUGUGUCCAAUUGCACAGGAGGCAUACCACUUUUAGUUACCAUAUUAGAAAAAACACAAGAUCAGCACAUUCGACAUUUUGUUAUAUUGAUUAUGGAGAAAAUGUUAUUGCACAAAACAAGAGGUACCGAACAUGCUCAAGCUUUUGUUCUUCAUAAUGCCACUGAUCACUUGUUGAAACUGAUUGUUAAAUGUCAACUGUCAUGGGGAGAUGAUUUCAUAUGUUCCCUUUACAAAGUGACUGUGAAAAUUGGCGAUGAAGAUAAGAAGUUUGCAGUAAAAGCGAGAUUUCUAGGUGUACUACCUGUGAUAGUUUCCCAUAUAAAGGCAUAUUCAAGGAAACUAAAAGUUCUUAAUACAAUUAUGAAACUACUUAAAAAGAUUAUGGCAAGUUCUGUUAAUGCUACGAAGUUAAGUAAAGAUGGAUUGCCUAGAGAACUUAUACAUUUUUUAGAAGAGCCAAAAAAAGUCACAAUUAUUCCAGUUCUUAAUGCUAUUUCUGAAGCCACUAGAACUAGACACUCUGCUCGCCAAUUUGUUAAAGAGGAUGUUGUAUCUCGUAUUCUGCUAAUUAUAUUUGGUACUGAUGUUACAAGUUGCUCAAAAGUUAAUGCUUCAAUCUGUAAAAUAUGCCUACGUAUUUUAGUACAUCUAACACAGAUAAAGCUUGGGCGUGAAAAACUGUUAUCAUCAGGAACAAUUCCUUCCCUAUUAUCAUGGUGUAAAACGCUUGUGAAUCUCACUGGAAAUCAUUAUAUUUCAUUGGUAUCACUUGUUAGUACUGUUGUCCAACGAUGUUUACCAGCUCGACCUUUACCUGUGCGAAAACUCAACAACCCUGUCACUUUUACCUUUUCUGAAUGCUUUUAUAUGAAUGAGUCUGACAGCUCUGAUGGUAAAAAUGAUGACACUGUUAGUUUAGGUUCUUCUAAUUUAUCUUCUGUCGAUAGCGGAACUGAUUCAGAUGAAGAACUUCGACCUUUUGAUGUUGUUGAAUCCCAAUAUGGGGAAUCAUAUGAGCAGUUCUCUUCAUUUUUUGAAGAAAUUAAUGAAUUCCAUCCAUUAAAGCCUCAUUUUACUUCUGGGGAUGAUGUACAAAAUAAUUGUUUCAAAACUGUGUUUUAUGAAAAAUUUGUUCCAUCAACUGUAAUCGAGUUUAAUGACACAAAGCUGAAUCCAAUCAUUCCAAAAAAUAUUCCACGACAUUCCUUUGUACAAGUUUCUAGAAAAGAAACUCAACGUAAAAUGCGCAAACCUGCUAGUGAUUCAUCUCUUCACAUGAAGGAAAAGUCACCAAAAACUUUGUCUUUGAUUCCAGUUUCAUCUUGUGGGCCAACAAACUGUUCAAAAAUUCCAAAGAAAACUGAUUUUUCUAGUCCAAGCUGUGAUACUAAUGUUAUACCGUCCUCUAACAUAACUUGUGAUAGCAGUUAUCAUUUAACAGACUUAGAAAGAUUCACUUUAAUUGAGAAUGCGAAAGAAGAGAUUAAAAAUAAAAAACUUCUGGACAAAGUUUGUUAUUCUGAUGUCUAUCAAAAACAGUCUCUGCUUACAACUUCAGUUUCACCUCAUGUGAAACUUGCUUACCCUGAUUAUGUAAACUGUUCACCUGAUUCUGAAUUAGACUAUCCAUUUUUCAAACCAGAUCCUUUUCUUAUAAGGGAAAAAAUUUAUCAGCAUGCAGAAGAAAUGGCUCAGAAUGAUUUUCUAUUUACGGAUAUUUACAAUCUUGAUAAUUUACUUUGUGAAAAUGUGCCAAGCUCUAAUCCACUUCAUAACAAAGAUUGCAAAAGAAUUCACUGUGAUCAGCAAUCAGAAUAUUUGCAGUUCGAGUCAAGAUUUGAAAGUGGAAAUCUUCGCAAAGUUUUUUGGAAAGGUGGAGGAGUAUAUGAUCUCAUUCUUAAUCCAGACAUCAAUUCCAAAACUCAUAUCCAGUGGUUUUAUUUUGAAGUAUCUGGAAUGAAAGCAAACUACCCAUAUACUUUCAACAUCAUAAAUAUGGAAAAAUCAACUAGCCAAUUCAAUGAAGGAAUGUGCCCUGUUAUGUUCUCUGUAAGGAAUCACAUGGAAAAGAAACAAGGUUGGACACGAGUAGGUUCCAAUAUAUGUUACUAUAGAAAUCAUUACACUCAAAGCCCAUCUACAAACUCUAUUCUUCGUAGCAAACCUUUCUACACCUUGACAUUUACAAUCAACUUUCAACAUGCAAAUGAUGUUUGCUAUAUUGCUUAUCAUUAUCCCUAUACCUUUACUACUCUUCUGACUCAUAUCUACUGCUGGACCAAUAGUUAUGAUUCAACUGUUUACUUAAAAAAAGAUGAGCUUUGCAAAACUUUGUCUGGUAAUAGUGUGCCAUUGUUAACAAUCACUUCUAAGCCAGUAGAUAGCAAGCGCCCAUACAUAUUUCUCAGUGCAAGAGUCCAUUCCGGUGAAAGCAACUCUUCUUGGGUUAUGAAAGGUGUAUUAGAUUUUUUGCUCAGCAAGAAAGGUGAAAAAUUAAGAGAAAUGUAUAUUUUUAAAAUUGUUCCUAUGCUAAAUCCUGACGGAGUUAUCAAUGGCUGUCAUCGCUGUUCUCUGUCAGGGCAAGACUUAAACCGCCAAUGGAUUACACCAAACUGCCGGUUACACCCCACCAUAUACUACACAAAAUCUCUUUUACAUUAUUUGGCAUCGAAAAAUAAACGACCCUUGGUGUUUUGCGAUUUUCAUGGACAUUCUCGAAGAAGUAAUGCAUUCUUUUUUGGCUGCAACCCUGAGCAGUCUUGGUGGCCCACAGAUGAAACAAAACCUUUCUCUGAAUGUUUUAAAAUCUUGCCAGUUUUGAUGCACGAGAUGGCCCCAACCUUUUGUUUGAAUUAUUGUAACUUUGCGAUUGAAAGAAAUCGGGAAUCCACUGGACGUGUGACUGUGUGGAGGCAAUUUGGUGUACAACUUAGUUAUACUUUAGAGUGUUCAUACGGUGGCUGUAAUCAAGGAAAAUAUGCAGGCUACCACAUUGGUAUAUCUCAUCUUGAAGAUACUGGAGCUAAGCUGUGCCUGUGUUUCGAAAAAUUAGAGAUUGAUGAAGAAACAAAUUUGGUGUUAAGCUCAAUACCCAUUGAUCUUAAUUUAUUACUCUCACCUGACAUUAAAACAUUUAGACCAAAACAAUAUACUACUUCAUCUUCAACUGAAAGUUAUGAUGACAUAGAAGCAUCAGAUGAAAAUGACCUGCCUCCUUGAUUUUAUAUUUGCUUCUUUUCAAAUUAUAUAAAGUUGUGCAAUACAGAAAUUUGUUUGUAUAUUCUGAUUUAGAAAUUGAUUAUUAUAUGAUGAGCUGUAAUAAGUAUUUUAUCUAAAAUGUUAAAUAAAUAAUUUUGUUGCGUAA